AUGCGCCGUAAUACGCGUUGUGUCUUUCCGGUCCAGCAUGAAAAGCGGGAUGAUUAUCAAAGUAAUGCCGAGUAUGUCAAGUCUUUGAAAGACCGCCUCGUCAGGGUUGAGUCGCUGUUGAGGACGGCAGGCAUCUUACAAGAGAGCGAUAUGAGCCAAGACGACCUUUCCGAUGAAGAUGAUGACGGACUAUUUAGUCAAGACCCCUCAUCUGCUUCCAGUCCAAAGUCGGAUUUCGGGUCGUCUCUUCGCUCAAAGGGUGGCUUCAUCGAGGGUACACCCAUGUUCCCGGCCGACCAAAGAGACGAUUCUCGAUAUUUCGGGACAUCAUGCUCACUGUCAAUUCUAUCGCGAACAGGUAUAGAGUGGAUUAAGAGCAAAACAGGCGAUGUCAGCUUCUUGCGGAUUAUAUCUCCUGAAUCCAUCCAUGAAAAUCCAUGGAAUCAAUGGCGACCAGACGUGUUCCACGAUCUGUUUGCCUCGGAAGUUUUUAAGCCUUUGCCCUCAAGGUCGGAGGUAUUUUCUCUUAUGAAAGAUUUCUUCCGGACGGCCAACCGUCUGUUUCCUAUCUAUCUUGAGUCGUCAUUCAUGAAAAUGGUUGAAUGGCAAUAUACGCAGCAAACCUGUGAUGACGCUGCCCGUUGGGCCAACAUCAACAUGGUAAUCUGCUUGGCAUACGAAUAUCGAUCCUCGAAUAGCUCCAAGUCAGAAAAAGACAAGGAAAAAUCCGAGUUAUACUUCAAAAACGCCAUGUCGGUCUUCACGGAAUUAGCCUUAAAACGCACCGAUCUACUAAGUAUACAGGCUUUGCUUAGCAUGGCGUUCUUCCUUCGGGGGAAUUCUGGAACCCAGUCAGCUCUGCCACUCAUCACUGCGGCUAUGCGGUCCGGUCACCGGAUGGGGCUUCAUCGAGAUAUUGCAAGACCGGAGCUUAGUCCGGCUGAGCAAGAGGAGAGAAGGCGUGUUUUUUGGGUUGCGUUUAUCAUUGAUCAAAGUACAUGUCUAAGAAUUGGAAACGCCCCAUCACAACAUCAAGAUGAUUUCGAUGUCCCUCUUCCCGAAGAACUGGAAAGCGAUAAGCAUGGUGAAACCGCAAGCAACAUUCCAUUCUUCCGCGAGCUCUGUCGGAUGUCGCUUAUAAAGAGCCACAUCUACAGUCGAUUGUACUCUGUUACGGCAUUGGAAAAGCCCCCUGUUGAAAUUUACAAGACGGUUAAAGAACUAUAUGCAGAGCUUGAACAAUGGAAACGCGAAUCCCCAGCUCUCAUUGAACAGGAAAUGAAACCCACUGAAAGCGACUUCCUGUUUGGCUUUGCCUCUAUUGGUCUCCAUUUUGUCUAUCACAAUGCUGUGAUCAUGAUCCACAGGGUACCUGUGUUUCUUAACUACAUGAUAACCGCCAGAAAGGAACCAGAGAAUGUCCAGUCGAUCAGCAAAGCACAUGCCUCGAGAUCAGCAGCCAUUUCUACACAGGCUGCCCGAGAUACCUUGAAGGUUGUUAAUAACAUGCCAUGGGGAGACAUCGCAUGGACCUGGGCAUUACUAUACUACGUCUUCCUAGCAGCAUCAACAUUAUUCUCAAAUAUCCUACGGGAUACUCGCCAUUCAAGAGUGCAAGCAGACCUUCAAUCCCUCAACAUGGUCGCAGCAUUCUUUGCAAGUCUCGCCCCAGGCGAAGGACCAAAUAAUUACGCCCGCUUCAUGGCCCGAAUGAGCGCGACCCUCGAACGCAUCGCCAAAGUUGCCAUCGCGAAAGAUGAGAAAAGAGCCCGUACCCCAGAUGAAGAAGACCAAGAAUAUAAACCAACAGGAGCCAAAAGGCACACCUCUCGGACACAGCCAGCACCACAACACCGAAGGCAGCAACGACGGCACACAACCCUCCGCACAACAAUGACCCCCGCCACAGCUCCCAAGUAUCCAACAUCAAGCACCGCCAACCCCAACAGGAUGGACAUCAGCAUCCCCGAAACUCUGGAAGGCCUUCCGCCAAUCAAUUCCUCGGGCUACGUCGUCCCCAUGAGCCCAUUACCAGGCCCAAGCGACAACAGCCAACCCCCAAUCCAACCCCCAUAUCUCGCCAAUCCACCCAACACAUACUCAUCUUCAACCGCAUUCCUUCACGAAGCAGGCAACAACACCUUCCACACACCACAAAUUCCAUCCUGGCAACUAUCCCAAGACUUUCCCACAUCAACACCCACAGCCCAAUCACAAGCCCAAGCCCCAGAUUUAUCAGGCAUGACCCCCAACCCAAUAAGCUCCAUCAACUCCCCAGACUCCUUCGGCAGCACCGGCAACUCAAUACCCGAUUUCUUCCAGUACCCAAUGGCCGGUGACUGGGGCCACGGCGAAAAUGUCUUCCGCGGACUCUUCCCAGAAUACACUUUUCCACCUCCCAUUCCAACCGGCACUCAGUCUGCAGAUGCAUAUCCUUCCAUGCCGAUUCUAUCGGCUGAGUCUUUUAUUCAUGGUGCGCCUGCUAUUGAUGGCCAGACAGCUCAGGCUGGUGGGUUCGAUCCUCAGAGCCUGGGGUAUGGCUAUACGCCACAGGGUCAGGAGGAUCCGAAUCAGGGCGCUGAUUCGGUCUGGCCUAAUGGGUUUUUGGGGUUGUUUUAG